UCGUCGAAGCUCUUCCCUCCCACACCCCAAAUUGCACUUCUCUUUCUACAACUAGUGCGUGUGAGAGAAAACUAGUGGAAAAUGGGAUUCUUGUCAUCUUGCUCCCGCUACGGACAAGAGGUUUGAUUAAAGGAAAGACCCAUCUGUCCUCACCCCGUGCCCACAUUUUUUUCGAAUUUCAUUGCUCCAUGUCUUCGGAGAUGUAUGUGUUCGACAACUCCGUCUACUCCGAUCAAUUCUCGCCGUUCCUCGACUCCGCCGCCAUCGACGCCUUCGGAAUCUUCCAGGAAAACGAUGAGAGCGCCGCCAGUCUGCACCAAUUGGCGUCGGCUCUGCUGUCGUCGUCGCCGCCCAGCGCCGAGCUCCAGAAUCUGUCGCUGUCGCACCUCGCGCCGGAGGUGAAGACGGAGGAAUGCCAGCUCGGAUUCAAUAACAACUCCUUCUCACCGCACGAAACCGCAUUGAAGCUAAUGCACAGGAGCUACAGCAGCAGCAGCUUCGACAACUCCCGCGCCGAUUUCUCCUUCCGACCGCACUUCGACAGCGUUCUCGAGCACACUCAAAUCCUCUCCUCGCCGGAAAACGCCUUCCAAUCCGGCCAAAUCAGAAGAGUUUGCAGCACCGGCGAUCUCCAAAAAAUGAAAACAAGCAUGCAAACGAGAAGCGUGCUGUCUUCAAGCCCGCUGUCGGCGGAGAAAUCGUUCAUGGAGGAAGCCAAUUUCAAGGUAGGGCGUUACAGCGCCGAGGAGAGGAAGGAGAGGAUCGACCGAUACAGAGCAAAGAGGACUCAAAGGAAUUUCAACAAGACUAUUAAGUACGCUUGCCGGAAAACGCUAGCCGACACACGGCCGAGGAUACGCGGCCGCUUCGCGCGCAACGAUGAAUCCGGAGAGAUUCCAAAGGCAUCAAUGUUUCAGAGAUAUGAAGAUGAUGAUGAGCUUUGGACAAAUCUGCAGAUGGAAGGGCUUCACGAAGAAGACGAGGAGCAAAUUGCGCCAAAGAGAGCCUUCUUCAACGUGCACUAUCAGAACUAUAGAUUCUAAAAUGCUACACUUUUAUUACAAAGAUCCAAGUGACCAAGUUGAAUAAGUUUAGUUAGGUGCGGCUAAUGUCUAUUUCAAUGUAAUAGUAAGUCAGAUGUUUUUUUUUCUCUAGUUAUUUAUCUUAUUAUCGUCUCAAUCUGUAUAUAUUGAAACCCAAAACAAAUUAAUAAUAAGUUGAGGUUUCCCGGUUUA